UGAACCUAAUUAUUGUUAAAUGCUAGCUAUCUCACGUGCUAAGCUAAUGUGGCUAACGACGUGACAUCAACCUAUCCAUCUUUAAAUGUCCAUAGUCUAACCAGAGACGCCACGGAAUAAUUCAUAUAGCCUGUUUACUAAUCGGAAUAGCAUAUAAAUCAUAGGGAAGAUCAUAAACAUGUCAUAAAAUUUGUAUUUUGCGACUUGAAGAUCGUCAAAAAGCGGCAACAGCCAGGUUAGCGACCAGGUUAAACUAACUCAAAUGGCUACUUCCUGGAUGCCUUAGGCUGGAAAUAAAGGUAUUUACAUACACGCUCAAUGACUUUAGAGGCGAGUUUCUUAAGAUAUCUUUAGCGUAACACCCUGCCUUUCAUUUGACUCAGUGGCAGGCUGUGUAUUUGCACGGGAAUAGAAGCAUUCUUUAGAAUAAAUGUACGCAAUAAUUAGCUUUUGCUGUUAUGAAUUUCUCCCUGGCACCGGUUUGCAGAGUCGACUGUGGAGAUGGUGUCUGGACCAGUCAUAACUGUUCAUAUGGUCUGCUCCAGCCCCUGUGUCUCUCUGUAAAUGUGACUGAGUCCAACAGCACUCUCAGCAUGGGGCAGGACAGGGGCAAGUACGACUUCUACAUCGGCCUGGGGCUGGCCAUCAGCUCCAGCAUCUUCAUUGGGGGCAGUUUCAUCUUAAAGAAGAAAGGACUGCUGCGGCUGGCGAGAAAGGGUUCCAUGCGGGCAGGUCAGGGGGGCCAUGCCUAUUUGAAAGAAUGGCUCUGGUGGGCUGGGCUACUCUCUAUGGGAGCUGGGGAGGCAGCCAAUUUUGCUGCUUAUGCGUUUGCCCCUGCAACUCUAGUCACUCCACUAGGGGCCCUGAGUGUGCUCGUCAGUGCGGUGCUGUCUUCGUACUUCCUGACAGAGCGGUUAAACCUGCAUGGGAAACUGGGCUGUCUGCUCUCCAUCCUGGGCUCCACCACCAUGGUCAUCCACGCCCCCCAAGAGGAGGAGAUCAACAGCUUGGAGGAGAUGAGUUACAAGCUGGUCGACCCAGGUUUUGUAUUCUUUGCGACUCUGGUGAUCAUUGUGGCUCUGGUGUUCAUUUUUGUGGUGGGCCCACGCCACGGUCAAACCAACAUCCUGGUCUACAUCACCAUCUGCUCCGUUAUUGGCUCUCUCUCAGUGUCCUGUGUUAAAGGUCUGGGGAUCGCCAUCAAGGAAGCCAUCGCAGGGAAAAACGUGAUCCGAAUGCCACUGGCCUGGCUUCUCCUUCUGUCACUUAUAGCUUGUGUUAGCACUCAGAUUAACUAUUUAAACAAGGCUCUGGACAUUUUCAAUACCUCCAUAGUGACGCCAAUCUACUAUGUCUUCUUUACCACUUCAGUGCUCACCUGUUCUGCCAUUUUGUUCAAGGAAUGGGAGCACAUGGGCACAGAUGACGUUAUUGGGACACUGAGCGGCUUCCUUACAAUUAUUGUUGGCAUUUUCUUGCUGCACGCAUUCAAAGACGUUAACGUUAGCUGGUCAACUUUAGCCGUGUCAAUCAGAAAGGAGGAGAGGGCUUUUCCGACCUCUAACGGCAUGGCGUCUCACAGUAGCUAUGAACUUCUGCACAACGAAUCAACAGAGGACAUGGACAGAGAAGUGGGCUUGCCUUUUGACAGCGUCUCCAGAAGAAAUGGAGCGAUUAUUUCAUCAUAAGGUGUUUUUGGGUGACAAGAGAACCAAUGCUAAGCUCAUUAAGACAAUCACCUACAAAACAGAGGUUCAGAAAGACCAGUGUAUUGUAUGUUUUAAUUUGCCUUACUUAAAAGAACUCCCUUUCAUUCCUGUAGCCUGUAAAUAUUUUUUUAAGAAAUUUUUUGUUUGAGUAAAAGCAUAUCAAUGCACUGAUUUAGUUUGUAAACUGAUUUUUAACACAGAAACCCUGCUGAUACGACAUUGAACAAUGAUCAGCCAGAACUUUAUGACCACUGACAGGUUAAUGGGAAACACAAAUGCUUAUCAUCAUUGGCUGUAUGUGAAGUGUUUGUCCUCAAUGUAGUAGGGUAGAAUUAAGAGAAUGAUGAAGAUUAGGUGGGGUUUUGUGAUAUUAAAAGUAUUUGAAGAA